GUCCUCAAUCAAAACAAGUCGCCAUGUAACAAAGUAAUAAUUUGACCAUGACAUUGAGUGUUUUAACAUCUAACUAUGAAUCAUCUCUAUCAUGUAUUUACCAAUGAAAUACAUUUCCUGUGUUCUUGAAUUCUUACCAGAACAAUGACUACAGGACAAUAAUUACAGUAACCAUGGAAACUACAACAAGCGCGUUUGACAUUCCGGUAAAUUAUAUUUUGGGGAGAUGCACAUUUGGUAACUGGGACGACGACGACGAAGAGGCAGAGACCACCCUUAGUGUUCUUAAUGUAUCAUACGUGGUCAAAGAAAGGAUCGGACCAUGGUGGAAAGGGGCGUGUUUUCGGAGGAUCAAGCAUAAGGUGGUGCUAAGAGAUGCCAGCAUGCACAUGAAAUCUGGGCAAAUAACAGCGAUUCUCGGCGGGUCAGGUUCAGGUAAAACAUCAUUGUUAGACUGUAUAGCAUCGAGAGCUAAUGGUACUGUGUCAGGAAAGGUGUACUAUAACAACAUGGAGUGUACAAAAGAUAUAGCUCAAACAUUUACAAGCUACGUCAUGCAGGCUGAUAGAUUGUUACCAAAUCUUACAGUAAGAGAAACUCUACGAUAUAGUGCACAAUUACGGUUGCCUGGUAACGCUUCAAAAUUUGACAUCGAAGAAAAGGUCAGUAAGGUGAUUAUAGAGAUGGGACUGAAAAACGUGGCCGACUCAAGGAUAGGGGGCAGUAUUAUAAGGGGGAUUUCCGGGGGAGAAAAGAGACGCGUCACAGUUGCUAUACAGUUAUUACAGAAUCCAAAAAUAUUGCUUCUGGAUGAACCAACUUCCGGUUUAGAUUCGUUCACGGCGAGAAGUUUGAUUUCCUCUCUGGCAGACCUAGCCCACAACAGCAAGAAAAUAGUGCUUCUAACAAUUCACCAGCCAAGAUCUGAAAUAUUUAAACUGUUUGAUCAGGUUGCUUUAUUAUCCCGAGGACAAAUGGUUUAUUUUGGACCCGCAGAUAAAAUGGUUCCCUACUUCAGCGAGCUCGGGUACCAGUGUCCUACAUACACAAAUCCAUCCGACUAUUUUGUUGAUUUGGCAAGCGUGGAUAGACGUGACAAUGGACGACAAGAAGAGUCGUCUGAAAGAGUUAAAGAACUUGCUACAUCAUACAGCAACUCCACCAUGCACAAAGAUGUCGUCUACCAGAUAAUCGAGGAUACUAUGAAACCUACCACGGGCAGACAACUCUUCACACAGAAAAUAACUUACUACAGACCACAGAAAUCCGGCUUCUUCAGAACAUUAUAUACUUUACUAGGGCGGAUGACAAUGAAUGUAUUCCGGGACAGAACGAGUUACCUAUCUAGAAUAUUCAUGCUGUCAUUGUUUGUCCCGUUUAUAUGCGUAUUCCUUGGUCAUCUUGGACGGAACCAGACCAGUGUACAAGAUAGGAUUGGUUUAUUGUACCAAAGUUCACAAGUCCCGCCAUACGUCGCCGCUUUAAACGCGGCAGGGUUAUUUCCGCCGUUGAGAGAUUUAUACUACAGGGAGUGUUCUGAUGGUCUGUACUCGCCGACAACGUUCCUGUUAGCAUAUGUGAUGCACAUCAUGCCGUUCACAAUUGUCAGCUCAGGAAUAUUCUCUAGUGUCGUAUACUGGGUUACUGGACUACAGCCAUUGACAGAAAAGUUUAUACACUUCUCUUCUCUAAUAUUCUUCCUGAACUUCUUCGGUGAAAUAAUGUGUGUGCUAGUGAUGGGUGCUUUCAUGAACCCUGUCUUGGCAACAAGCACUUCCGGUUUGAUAUUGUCUGCUUCAGGACUGAUGGCGUCAGGAUUCUUAAGAAAUUUGGACAAAAUGAUACCAAUCUUUCAAUGGAUAGCUUGGGGGAAUAUCUUCAAGUACGCCGGAGAAAUUCUUGCAGCAAACGAAUUCCAUGAUUUGGAUCUCUCGUGUGGUAAAAAUGGCACAUUUUGUUUCCCUAACGGUGACACGUUUUUGAAAUUAGUGUAUCCGGAAGCUGUUGACAAUUUGACACGUAAUUUCUGGGCUGUAGGAGGAUUUACAACUGCCACGUUUAUAUGUGUCAUAGUGGUAUUCAAGUUACGUGGAAUACCGAACUUGAGUUGAGUUACUGUUGAUGAAUAUAAUGUACAGUUGGGCGCAAUGAACAGUGAAGAUUAUCAUUGACUCGUGAAAUAAAAUAUACUUUCUUGUUUAAAAUAUCUCAGAUAUUUUUAUGGCAAAUGACAUCGCUGUUGUGAUGUUCUGUAUUUGCAACUGAU